UCCCGUCUCCGGAGUCACGUGUCUGAUCAGCUGUUCUGCGGCACAUCCGCCUGACUCGCGCUGGAGUGUUUACAUGCAGACGGCACGGGGCGGAAUGGGCAGACCCGCGUGAAGCAUUGCAGAUUAAUGGUUAGUGCUGGACUGUGGUCUCCACUGUGAUCAGGCCUAUGAGGAGAACCAGGCGAGUCUAACAGACAUGCAGCACCCAAACUUCGAAACACGACAUCCGCUGCAGCAGGACGAGCAGGAGACGGGUUACGACCCUCUACAGAACUACUACAACAGGAACAAAGACCGAGGAUCAUUGGAUAGUGCUGUUGAGUCCACGUUUCAGUCGUACAGAAAGGAGUGGGAUGAUUUGUUCCAGAACAGUAACUAUCUGGCGCGGAUCAGGCAGGCUGGUAUUAACGGACGAUUACGGAGCAGCCGAUUCCGCAGCGUAUGCUGGAAGCUUUAUCUGGACGUCCUAUCAGAAGAUAAGACUCAAUGGAUCAGUCGAACCAAGGAGCACAGAGCACAGUAUGAGAAGAUCAAAGAGACGCAUAUUACAAACCCUCGCAAAGCUGCUGGCCAGCAUGACCUGGUGGUGAACAACCCACUGUCACAGGAUGAGGGGAGUCUAUGGAAUAAGUUCUUUCAGGAUAAGGAGCUCAGGGGCAUGAUCAAACAAGAUGUUUUACGAACGUUUCCAGAGAUGCUGUACUUCCAGGAAGAGGAUGUCAGGACAAAGCUGACUGAUAUUCUCUUCUGCUACGCACGAGAGAACGAACGGCUACUCUAUAAGCAGGGCAUGCAUGAGUUACUGGCCCCUAUAGUGUUUGUUCUCAGUUGUGAUCACCAGGCGUUUCAACAUGCCAGUGAGACGGCCAAUCCCAGUGAAGAGAUGAAAGUCCUUCUGGAUCCUAAAUUCCAUGAGCAUGACGCUUAUGCCAUGUUUUCACUGCUCAUGGAGACAGCAGAACCCUGGUUCAGCAGUUUUGAACGGGAGGUCAGAAAGGGCAAAGAAGAGAUGUUAACCAGCAUCCCCUUUGCGAGACCACAGGACUCAGGCCCUUCUGUGGCCAUUGUGACCAAAGUCAACCGAAUUCAGGACCAGCUAGUAAAGAAGCAUGACAUUGAGCUGUACAUGCACCUCAACAGACUAGAAAUAGCUCCCCAGAUUUAUGGCAUUCGUUGGGUUCGACUGCUGUUUGGUCGGGAGUUUCCCCUGCAGGAUCUGUUGGUGGUCUGGGAUGCUCUUUUCGCAGACAGCAUCACUUUGGACCUGGUUGAUUACGUGUUUGUCGCUAUGCUUCUGUACAUCAGAGAUGCAUUGAUCGCUAGUAACUUCCAGACAUGUCUCGGGCUCCUGAUGCACUAUCCUCCUAUCGGAGACAUCCACUCUCUGCUGCUGAAAGCACUCUUUCUCAGAGACCCUAAGAAUAAUCCAAGACCGGUAAACUACCAGUUCCAGCAAAACCUUGAUUACUACAAAACCCGUGGGGCCGACUUGGUCAACAAGACUCGGGCCAGCACUAAAGCAGCACCUCUCAACAUUAAUAAAGUAUCCAGUUCUCUUCUUAAUUUCGGCCGGAAGCUCAUCGCACCAAUGGGAGGCGGCUCCAGCGGCAUCUCGCCAAUUAACAAUGAGGUGAUUUCAGCUCCUCCCCCUCAAGCUCCUGAGCCACGCCCAUUGGCCGAGCCUCCAUCAUGCACCGCCCCCUCAAACACGCAGAUGAAAUCGCAGCCGUUCCCGCAAACGCACCAUCAGCACCGGUUGUUGAAGUCUGAAAGUCUGCCAGUGCACCUCAGCAAAGAUGUAGGUUCUGGUGGAGCCUCCCAGAUAUCUCUCCCUGCCCAGAUUCACUCUGAUACCCCAGGCCACACCUCCAAUAUGGUUAGCUCCUCCCCCAGCACUGAGAGUUUGUCUGGUGGGCGGGAUCAUGCAAUGUCUUCCCCUCCUCUGCCGGUGUCCAGGGGCCAAGACUCCAGCACAUCAUCUCCUCCCCUCUCUGCCACAAAGAAAGACUCUUUCUUUAAUAUCAGUCGCUCGCGGUCACACAGUAAAACUAUAAACAAGAAGGAUGCAGAUGAGCUGGAGGUCCAGGUGUCGUUCUUACAGGGUCAGAUUAAUGACCUAGAGGCCAUGAGUAAAUAUUGUGCCAAGAUGAUGAACAUGCACAUAGGCAAAAUUCAAGAUGUGAUACUGCAGGAGCAUCUGGAGAAGGAAGAUGAGGUUCUGGUGUCACUUGCUGGACUAAAACAGGUUAAGGACAUCCUGAAGGGGGCUCUCCGAUUCAACCAGAGCCAGCUGGAGUCAGAGGAAAAUGAGGAGAUCACCAUAGCAGAUGAUCACUACUGCUCUAGCCAGUAUAGCACACUAAAGGACCAGAGUGAUCCAGACCAUUUGUCUGAAGACACAGCUGAUUCUACUAUCAUACAACAAAAAGCUCCACAGCACAACAACCACCAGGAAGGAGACAUGGUAGCUGAGAAAGAAGAGGAGGAGAAGGUCUUGACAACUGAGAAUAUCACCACAAUACCAGAGCCACAGGCCACUGAAGGGAGAAACUGGGACGACUACAUCUUGGUCUUGCAGGAUGGUGAGCCAUCUGAGAGUGAGGAGCAAAGCAUAACCACCACAGCUCCACUCUUUAAGCACGUACGAGGCCUAAACAAGGUGGAUUUUCAAGACCCUCUGAUGGGAACCACAUCUGGGUCCUCCAGUCCAGAUGACGGCAGCACUCACAGCAAGGACUCUGAUUUCACUAUUGUUAAUCCUACUGACCUUUGAAUCCGGAUUCCCCUUAAAUAUGACUGGACCCAUCUUCAACACUUAAGAAACUCUGCUGGAUGUUUGCACAUAUGAACUCAGGCUGAUUGCCUCAUGUGCCCCAUGCCCCGUAACUGAAUCCCUAAACCACAUCUUGUUUCUUAAUUCCUAGACCUCUGGCUGUGUAUUUACGUACAAUCUUAAUUCAAACGUUUUUUUUUUCUUUUUUCCCCAAAUAUAAGGCCCUAUACCAUGUAUACCAUGGAUCCUUUGCUCCGUUACCUAAAUGUAGUAUCCAAAGCCAUAAAAAAGCAGCCUCAACUCAAAUGAGAUUCUCCAUUCUGUAAUUUUCUUUGAAAAUGCCCUUACGGCUGAAAGUUGUGGACAUCACCUUGACGUUUAUGUGGAAAACCUAUAUUUGUUUUCUCCUAAAUCAAUAAUCCUGUGAAAUACAUUUAACACACUCUGCCUCAGAUAAAAGCUAUAUUUGCUACAGUUCUCCCUCUAUCUCUGUCUUUGUCCUUUUUUUUGGAGUACUAAUUGUUGUGUGAUAAAUGCGGGACAUUGACAGGUGCUCAAUCUAGAAGUAGAGAGCUUUAGUAUUAAUAUGGACCGUGUCGCUCUCAUUCACUCACUCAUCUUUACUGAUUUUCCAUGAACCAGUGCCUGAACAGUUAUUCAUUUUUGUCUGUAUUUUCUUUUUUAAGAUUUUAGUUAAUAGACCAAAACAUAGUCAUUUGUUAAAUUAUGGAUUUUUUUUUUCUUUUCAUAUUUGUCAUUUUUAAUUCAAUGAUAUGUGAAACUUUUAUGUUAUAGUAUUUCUCUGGUGUCAGUAGCCUCAUUUUGUCUUGGUUCCCGUGGUAACUGUGUAUUAUUUUGCACAUGACACAAGGGAUGUUUCUAAUACUGAUAUCCUAUUAACUCUGGAUGAAUAAAAAGCAUUACUCUUGUCUAAUCCA